GUCUAUGACAAAAACAAAACAUUCGCUAUAACGUUAUUACUUGACCGGAAGUUAAAAGCAGCUGCCCUCCCGCAUCGAGAACAUCCGGUUUUCUUACCAACAAUAAUAGACUUUAGCGCCAAUAAACAUGUCUCACACCGAGGACGAAGACGACCCGUUUCCUGUAGAUGACUGUCUGUUCACGGAAACGUUUUCUCUGGAGUCCGUGUACACGCUGAUGGGAGAGGAGGUGAAGAUCAGACAGCUGUUCGGUGCGGACCUCGGCGUGGCUGCACCGGUCUGGGAGGCUGCGUUACACCUGUGCCGUUACUUGGAGGAUCAGUCUGUGGAGCUGAGGGGAAAGCGGCUCAUAGAGCUCGGAGCAGGCACCGGUGUGGUCGGUAUUGUGGCAGCUCGCUUGGGAGCAGAGGUGACUCUCACAGACCUUCCUUUGGCUCUUCCACAGCUUGAUGCUAAUGUCUCUGCUAACAAGCCUUCCAGCGGGUGGCCUUCUCUCCCUCCCACUGUCCUCCCUCUGUCCUGGGGUGAGGAUCACAUGAACUUCUCCUCUGACUGGGACUUGGUGCUCUGUGCUGAUAUCAUUUACCUGCCAGAGACAUACCUCCCGCUAGUGGAGACACUAGCUCACCUGUGUGGUAAAGGAGCCACAGCGUAUCUCUCAUCCAAAAUGCGAGAUGAGCACGAAACAGCAGCUUUCUAUGAGAAGCAUCUACCGAGCAGAUUCAAUGUGGAGCUUGUGCACCGAGACGACAAACAAAACAAUAAUAUCUACAGGGCGUCUUUAAGAACAGGCCAGUGACGACAGGAGGGACGGCCUACUGCUUUUUAUAAAUAAAUAAAAUUAUGAGUUUGUCUGUUAUUUAAAUUAUUUUGAGUUUCACAUCCCACUAACUGUAGAACCUAUAAAAGCUAAAGCUAUUUUAAAUGAAUUUAAAUGUAAUCAUAUUAUUUUUAUUUAUCUCUAAACAGUUACACAUGUCAUUUGUCUUUAAUUAAAAGCGAAUGUAUUCAGAAUGUGUCCUCUGAUUUUUGAGAUUUGGGAAGAAAAUGAACUUCAGAACUUUAAUGACAUACAAGCACAAACAUACACACACUAUGAAUGCAUUUUAUAAGACAAAACAGCAUGAUUUUAUAUAAAUCAGCCUUGAGUUUUGUCUGAUUGGAAAUUCAGUCAUUGGACUAAAGCGUUUUCACCAUGUUUUCAGUGAGAUGAAGAUCAGGUCUAAAGUUACAGUUCUUCUUUUUAACCUUUACCCACUGCAGGCGUCACGCAUCACCAAGAUGAGCUUGAAGGUGUGUUUCCAGAACUGUUUUUUCAAAAAUUCGUAUUUGUUUUCAAUAUUUCUGAUUAUCCUCUGGUUGGAAAACACUUGUUGUCAGUACAGGGUGCACAGCAGCAUCUUCACCUUGAAAACAGUCACAGAUUUAAAAGCCCUGAAAACCAUGUUUGUUUAUAGAGUGCUUACUAUUAGUGAUUUUGACAUGAAUUAAUAUCCUCUGCCAGAGUAAUUCUUUCCUUGAGACA